AUGCACAGGGGAAUUCAUUCCACCCGGGAGGAAGGGAAGUCCCUGCGGAAACAAGUCUGGCUGCAUGUGCGGACACGGUCCCAGAAACCGAAAAAGAACAUCCCAACACCACGUCUGCCCCGCCAUGUGACCGGCCACCGGAAUGGUGGCCACCGUGGACGCUGCCCACCACCGCUUGUGCCUCCCGUCUUCCCCGCAGUGGAGGCCCGGCAGAACCCCCGCAGAGACGACGGCCCACCACCGCUUGUGCCUCCCGUCUUCCCCGCAGUGGAGGCCCGGCAGAACCCCCGCAGAGACGACGGCCCACCACCGCUUGUGCCUCCCGUCUUCCCCGCAGUGGAGGCCCGGCAGAACCCCCGCAGAGACGACGGCCCACCACCGCUUGUGCCUCCCGUCUUCCCCGCAGUGGAGGCCCGGCAGAACCCCCGCAGAGACGACGGCCCACCACCGCUUGUGCCUCCCGUCUUCCCCGCAGUGGAGGCCCGGCAGAACCCCCGCAGAGACGACGGCCCACCACCGCUUGUGCCUCCCGUCUUCCCCGCAGUGGAGGCCCGGCAGAACCCCCGCAGAGACGACGGCCCACCACCGCUUGUGCCUCCCGUCUUCCCCGCAGUGGAGGCCCGGCAGAACCCCCGCAGAGACGACGGCCCACCACCGCUUGUGCCUCCCGUCUUCCCCGCAGUGGAGGCCCGGCAGAACCCCCGCAGAGACGACGCACCGCCGCCGGGCAGGGGCGGGCGCGGAGGGCGGGGGCGCGGUCCGCCCUAG